CAUGCUCCAGUCACGAGCAGGGGAAAGGGAAAUCAUUGUAAACCCCAUUCACUGCCCUGUGCAUCCAUUUGACAGGAAAACGCUUUUCUUUUUCUCACCAUUCCGGAAUUCGCACAUCCUCUCUCCAGCAGCCGAGUGGGGAACGCAUCGUUCGCCUGGAGUUCACCUGAAGAGUGUUUUGCAGACGCGGACUAUUAAAGCGACUUUCCACAGCGUUUCCCGCCUUUCUAGAGUGGUUGACUACACAAAGAUUUAGGAUUUAGAAAAUAAUUUUACUUAAAAGUAAAUAUUGGCUUACCACUGCCAACUGGAAAUUUGGAAAUGAAGACAGAUACAACGUUUUUCUGUCGAGUUUGGAUUGUAAUUGCGUGUGCCUCAGGUCUGGUGAUUGGCUUUUCUAUGACUCCGCCCGCCCUGGACAGCGGCAGCGAAGACCUGGUGAUUCCAGUCCACACAACACUGACCAUUACAUGCAGAGGCCAGCGUACCUUGGCGUGGGCGUGGCCCGACACCACCCUGCCGCGGAAGGAGCUGCUGCUGGAGCGCCCCGCCCCGCCCCGCCCCGCCGACGCCCCGGGCCAGCGCUACGCCCUGGUGAGGGAGUGCGCCGGGUUGCCGGGGAAACCGUACUGCAAGACGCUGUCGCUGAGCGACCCGUGGGCCUCCGACACGGGCACCUACCGCUGCCACUACCGGGACGUCCUGCCGCCGAUCGACGGCGCCACCGCCGCCAGCACCUACGUCUUCGUCACGGACCCAGAGCAGCCCUUCCUGCUACGUGGAGUUAGCAGCAGCGGCCUGGGGACCAUUCUGAUCACACGCUACUCCAAGCAGCUCGUAGUCCCGUGUCUGGUCACCGACCCCGACCUCGAUGUCACCCUGCUCACGACGGACCCUAUGUCCAUGGAGACGGAGGGCCUGACGUGGAACAGCAAGCAGGGCUGGACGGUGCCCAUGCACGUGUUCAACAGCAUGCCCAUGGGCCUGUGGUGCCAGACCACCGUGGGAGGGCAGCAGCACCAGUCCACCAGCUAUCUCACCCACAUCACAGGAAGUGAGGUUUACAACGUCAAGCUGUUUCCUGAGCAGCCCGUGGAGCUCCUCGUGGGCGAGGCCCUCACCUUAAACUGCACCGUGUCGGUGGAGUUCAACACGGCGGUGGACUUUAAUUGGACCUACCCCGGCAAGACAAACUCCUUGGCGAACAUCUGGCCCAAACGCGAGCCUCAGAUGCACGCCACGGAGGUGGUGAGCGUCUUUUCCAUCCCGAGCGCCAACGUCUCAGACACGGGCCUCUACCGCUGCACCGUGACCACGCCGCGCAGCACUCACACCCUGGACACCGUCGUCAUAGUGCACAAAGAGCCAUUUAUAAGCAUGGACUACCGGAAUGGACCAGUAGUGGAAGUCACUGCAAAACAGAAAUCCUUCAAACUCUCACUGGUAGUUUCUGGCUACCCCACCCCAGAAACACUGUGGUACAAAGAAGGGAGGCUGGUCCCGGAGUUCAAGAACAAGCGGAUGAAGGUGCACCCCAGUCACGCUCUGGAGAUCAAGGACGUGAUGGAGGGAGACGGGGGCCGGUACACGCUGGUGCUGCGGAACACGGCCGCGGGGCUGCAGGAGAGCCUCAACAUCACCCUGGUUGUCAACGUCCCUCCCCAGAUCCAUGAGAAGAAGGUGGCGGAGCCCUCCAGCCCCUACCCCAGCGGCAGCAGCCAGACCCUGACGUGCACCGCCUACGGCCAGCCGGCCCCCAACAUCAGCUGGCACUGGAGGCCCUGGGGGACCCCGGGGCCCUGCCUCCUCAACAACACCAAGGGCAGAACGGUCCGGAAGGGCAGGAGCGACCAGAUCUCCGCCUGUCAGAACUGGCAGGACAUUACCCCGGAGAGUGCCGUGAAUGAAAUGGAGCUCAGCGAGACCUCCAUGGAGCUGGUGGAUAGGAAGGAGAAGAUAGUGAGCAGGCUGCACAUUCAAAAUGCCAGUGUGUCCGUCAUGUAUAAAUGCUCGGCGGAAAACAAAGUGGGCAGAGACGAACGGCUGGUCUACUUCUACGUCACCACCGUGCCGGAGGGCUUCCGCGUCGAGGCGGUUCCCUCGGAGCAGCCCGUGGAGCAGGAGUCGCUGUCCCUCCGCUGCACCGCCGACAACUACACCUACGAGCACCCGCGCUGGUACCGGCUGGAGCCGCGGCGCCUGCAGGAGCAGAGGGGCCGGCCCCAGGAGGACCGCGAGUGCCGCAGCGUGCACCUGUACGCCGGCGAGCUGGAGGGCCGGCUCUCCUUCCGGGGGGCCCACAACAGCUGGGAGCUGGAGGUGACCAUCGCCGCGGUGGCACUGGCCGACGAGGGCAACUACGUGUGCGAGGCGCAGAGCCGACGCAGCGGGGAGAAGCAGUGCCUCCUCAAGUACAUCUCCGUGAAACCCCUGGAAGCCCCCCGCUACAGGCACGGCCCCUCCAACCAGACGGUGAACGUGACGGGUUCCCUGCGGAUGGAGUGUGAUGUGGAAGGUAGACCCCCGCCCCAGCUCUCCUGGUUCAAGGACCAUCAGCCCCUCCAUCAAAUGUCAGGGAUCCAGCUGCAGGACUCCAACAGGACCCUGAGUAUCCAGCGGGUGCGGGAGGAGGACGCCGGCCUGUACACCUGCACCGCCUGCAACCAGCGGGGCUGCGUGCACUCCUCAGCCUCCGUGCAGGUCAUCGGGUCCAGUGACAGGGCCAGUGUGGAGAUAAUGAUCCUGGUCGGGACGGGGGUCAUCGCUGUGUUCUUCUGGGUGCUGCUCGUCCUCAUCUUCUGCAACGUCAAGCGGGUGAAUCCGGCAGAUAUAAAGACGGGCUACCUGUCCAUCAUCAUGGACCCGGGGGAGGUGCCUCUGGAUGAGCAGUGUGAAUACCUGCCCUACGAUUCCUCUGAGUGGGAGAUCUCCAGGGAAAGACUGCGUCUAGGGAAGGUCUUGGGUCACGGGGCCUUUGGGAAGGUCAUCGAGGCGUCCAUCCACGGCGGCAGCAAGAACAGCAGCCCUGAUACUGUGGCAGUCAAGAUGCUCAAAGAGGGAGCCACCGCUAGCGAGCACAAGGCACUGAUGUCCGAGCUGAAGAUUCUGAUCCACAUCGGGAACCAUCUGAACGUGGUCAACCUGCUGGGCGCCUGCACCAAACCUAAUGGUCCACUGAUGGUGGUCGUAGAGUAUUGCAAAUAUGGGAAUCUCUCCAACUACCUCCGGGCCAAAAGAGAAUUCUUUCUGCCGUACAGGGACCGCUCCCCUAAGACCCAGAGCCAGGUGAGACGCAUGAUCGAGGCGGGGCGAGUGGAGCAGCGAGGACACCUCCCCUCCACCCCUUCCUAUCCCUCCUACCCCGCCCCCCCCUCCUCCCCCACCUCCCCGAAGAGCCGCACCUUCACCAAACCCAGUCCCCAGACAACCCCUCCUGCUGUGGAGAAACUGGAGGACCUCUGGAAAAGCCCUCUGACCAUUGAGGACCUCAUCUGCUACAGCUUCCAGGUGGCUCGUGGGAUGGAGUUCCUGGCUUCCAGGAAGUGUAUCCACAGAGACCUGGCUGCCCGGAACAUUCUCCUGUCAGAGGACAACAUCGUGAAGAUCUGUGACUUCGGCCUGGCCAGGGACAUAUACAAAGACCCCGACUAUGUCAGGAAAGGAAAUGCUCGUCUGCCUUUGAAGUGGAUGGCUCCAGAGAGCAUCUUUGAUAAGCUCUAUACCAGCCAGAGUGAUGUGUGGUCUUUUGGAGUCCUCCUCUGGGAAAUCUUCUCUCUGGGCGCGUCUCCAUACCCGGGGGUCCAGAUCGACGAGGACUUCUGUAAGCGUUUGAAGGACGGCACCAGGAUGAGGGCUCCUGAAACCGCCUCCCCUGAAAUAUACGGGAUCAUGCUGGCGUGCUGGCAGGGCGAGCCCAGAGAAAGGCCCACCUUCCCAGCCCUAAUGGAGAUCCUCGGGGACCUGCUGCAGGACAACAGCCUGCCGGAUGGGAAGGACUACGUUCCCCUGAACCAGUCCCAGAGCUCGGAGGACGACGGCUUCUCCCAGACCUCGUCUCACCCGGCGAGUGAGGAGGAGCUCAGGAUGCCCUGCAGCACUCUGCCCGCCAGGUAUUAUAACUGCGUGCCUUUCACUGGUUGUGUGUUCGUGGCUCCUUCAAAGAUGUGCCAGCCCAGGGUGAAGACCUUUGAGGAGUUACCUCUGGAGCUGCAUCAACAGAAGUCUCAGCAGGACAGCCAGACGGACAGUGGCAUGGUUCUGGCCUCAGAAGAGUUUGAGAUAAUUGAGCACCAGACUGUGAUGUCUACAAGCAGGAGUACAGAGUGCCUGACGGGCUCCCAGGCGUCAACUGGUUCACGGCAUCGACCGGGGUUCCACAGCCAGCUCUCCGGACAAACCUUCUACAACAACGAGUACGGCCAGCUGUCCGAGCACGGCGGCGUCUGUGACUUCUUCUCCUCGGCGGACCCCACCUGUCCGGCCACUUCCAACCUAUAAUCUACCUGCAAAGCUCCGGAGAUAUAGGAGCGGAAGAGCGAAAGAAAUGUAAAUCACUGCCAGUGUGGACCACUAGGGGUCGUGUUUAAAAUGAAAGUAUUAACUUCGAUCUAGUUCUCCCUUUUUUCAUGGAGGAUAAUGUGAAAUCACCCAUUAGAAUGGUGUUCUAGGGUCCAUAUCUCGACCUUGACCUCUCCAGUAUAGCCAAAGCUAUGAGCCAAAGCUCAUCUCAAUGCACUCUUAUCCCUGCCUGUGCUGCCGACUGAAAAUUUACUGACUGUGUGCCUUAAGUUUCUGUGCCAGCCACUGGGUGGCGACACUAUGUUAAAAACAACCCAAAGUAUUAUAUAUUCACCCAGUUAUAUUUUUUAACUUUUAUAUACAGAGUAUUCAUCCGUGUUUUAUUUUGUACAAAAUGUGCCCUUAAUGGGAAGAAAUUAAACAACAUGACAUAUUUUGCAUUAGAUUCUCACUUUGUUGUCCCAUAACAUGUUAAAUUCGUUCCCAUUAUUAGAGUGCUGCACCAACUUGGACUUGACUCUAGUUCUGUAAAGCACUUUCGACGAUAAGCUUGAGGUUACAUUAAGUUCUUUGACCUCAUUUUAAAAGGAAUACAUAAAAAGGUGCAUGCUAUAUGUUCUAUGGUGUAGUCUGUAAUGCAUUUGCAUGUUAUAGUCUGAGGAGAAACCCCUGAAUGAAUUGGCUGCAGUGCUAUUUCUUCCCAAAUACAGAGCUGUUUUCUGCUCAAAGCAAAUUAAAGUAUUUGUUAAAAUACUAGUUAUUAUGAAAAGACACUUAAGUAUUUUGUAUCUUUGAAUGCUGGAACUCGUGGAAUAUCCGUUCCACGAGUGUAAGAAAAUACCAUAUUUUUAGCAGAAGAAAAGACGACAAUUGUUUACAGCAGUAAUCAAUCUCUGUCUACCUACCACAUCACGUUACCUGGGCCCCUAAACCCAAGUGAUGAACACAAGGAGCGACUCACGAGGGAAGUGACCGAGACGCAGCGGUUUCAAAUGUAACCUUUACUGUGUCACCAGGUAGUAUUCCCCUGACAUUCUGAACAAAAAAAACAACACAAAUUGUACAAGAAGUAGGAAAACUAGUUUAGAAGUAGUGUUUUUUGUCAGUUGCCGCAGAAGGAAGCCAAGACCAAAAAAAAAGCACAGAAAAGGAUGCAACACAUUCAAUCCUAAGAAUAACUGACCAUGCCUGGUAAACCCUGUAACCAAAAUGUACAUUUGAAAGCAGACUUUAAAAAAAGUGUCCUAAAAGAAA